AUGCCCUGGCCUGUACGACGGCCGGCGGCGGUGCUAUCGCCAUCGCACUCACCUCUCACCUCGGACGUGCUGCAUUGGCUCCUCCUCCUGCUCGUCCUCGUGUCUGGCUGGCUGUGGAUUCAGCGCGAGCGUCUGCGGAGAGCGUGGAUGUGGCGGGGCUUGCGCGACGUGCAGUCGGUGCUCCAGACGCUGGCGGAGCCCGUCAUCGUGAUGCGCUCGCACACCAUCGUGUCGGUCAACAAGGCCGCGCUCGACGCGUUUGGGUACUCCUCCCGCCGCGAGCUGGAGGGGCGGCCGGUGACGGUCCUGAUGCAGCGGCACGACGCCGCGCUGCACGGGUCGUACGUCCGGCGGUAUGAGACUACCGGCGAGAAGCGGAUAAUCGGCAAGCCUCGCGUGGUGACGGGGCGGCGGCGCGACGGCUCGGAGGUUGCGCUGAUGCUCUCCGUCUCCGCCUGCGCGACACCGGGCGAGUACAUCGGCAUCCUCUACCGCCAGCAGGAGGCGGAGGCGCGCAAGGCGGCCGAGGCGGAGCCGCUCUAG